AUGGUGACGAGCAACAAGAAUGUUGACGAGCGCAACAAGAAGGUGACGUGCAUGAUAUUAAGAAUGGCACGGAGCAAUAAGAAUGUUGACGUGAGCAAUAAAGAAUGGACAAGCACGCCGCAGGUAUCGUACAUCAAGGCUUUGGACGUGUUUAUGAUCGUGUGCAUCGUGUUUGUCUUCCUCACACUGCUGGAGUACUCUGUCUUACUCAGUAAGCGUCGCAGUGACAUCCUAAGACACUCCACGUCAGCUCCGGGCACUGGCAUCUACUCCUGGUUCUGGGCGACCUCUAGUAAUGUGGUCUCGGUGCGGACAGCCAAGGUGCCGUCCCCACCAGUAGGUUCCCCAGAAGAGUCUUACGAGAUGUUCUGCGCCAGGGUGGACCGGGUAGCCAUCACGGUCAUCCCUCUCUCCUUCGUCCUCUUCAAUUUCAUCUACUGGCCGUACUACCUGAGCCAGCGGGACGUCGACUUGACUACAGAUGGCGGCAGUGUUGUAUAGACAAACCCAUAACUAGGGGGACUUCCAUUUGGUUGUAGCAGUAGUAGUAAUAGCAAUAAUAAUGGUGGUAGUAGUAAUGGUCUAAUGGUAGUGGUAAUGGUCUCGUGGUAGUGGUAAGG